AUGAGGUCGGAACCCAGCAGAGCAGGGCCUGGGAGAAGGAACGUGGGGCCGUUGCCCCGAGUCCAUGUGCUGCCCACCCGAAUCCCUGCUGCCAGGGGCGCUGGUCCUCUCUUCUCCUGCAGGAAGUGCUCUCUGCGGUCCCCUGUGAGGCCCCUCCUCACUCUGCUGCUUCUGGUUUCCAUCAAACAAGCUACAGGAUCUCUCCUUGAGGCGACAACUCGGAAGUGGGCUCAGUACAAAGAGAAGUGCCUGAAAGACUUACUCAAGGAACCUUCUGGCAUAUUUUGUAAUGGGACCUUUGAUCGGUAUGUGUGCUGGCCUCAUUCCUCUCCAGGAAAUGUCUCCGUUCCCUGCCCAUCAUACUUACCUUGGUGGCGUGAAGAGAACGCAGGAAGGGCCUACAGACACUGCUUGGCUCGGGGCACUUGGCAGCUGCUGAAGAACUCCACAGAUAUUUGGCAGGAUGACUCAGAAUGCGCUGAGAAUCACAGCUUCAAAGAGAACAUUUCCAUCUCCUGCCGUUCAGCCCAUGUUCUCCUGCACUACUUCGUGGGUGCUAAUUACUCAUGGCUUCUGGUGGAAGGCCUUUACCUCCACACGCUGCUGGAGCCCACAGUGCAUUCUGAAAGGCGGCUCUGGCCCAGAUACCUGCUGGUGGGUUGGGUGAGUAACCUGAAACCCUGGCCUCUUCUCCUGGGGACCCUUCAGAAUGUGGGGUGCUGGGGAACCAACGGGAAUAAGAAAAUCUGGUGGAUCAUCCGAGGACCCAUGCUGCUUUGUGUAGCCGUCAAUUUCUUCAUCUUCUUGAAAAUUCUCAAGCUUCUCAUUUCUAAGCUCAAAGCCCAUCAAAUGUGCUUCAGAGAUUACAAAUACAGAUUGGCAAAAUCUACGCUGGUUCUCAUUCCUUUAUUGGGUGUUCAUGAGAUUAUCUUCUCUUUCAUCACUGAUGAUCAAGUUCAAGGAUUUUCAAAACGUAUACGACUCUUCAUUCAGUUGACUUUGAGCUCCUUCCAUGGACUACUUGUGGCCUUGCAGUAUUGCUUUGCCAAUGGAGAGGUGAAGGCCGAGCUGUGGAAGCACUGGGUCCGCUUCCAGCUAGCCCACCACUUGGGCUGCAGAACCUGGGUUCUUGAAAAGAACUUCCGAUUCCUGGGGAAAUGUCCCAAGAAGCUUUCCACAGGAAACAGCACCAGGACGCUGCAGAAGCCGCAGCCCUCACCUGGCAGUGGGAAGAUCCUGCAGUUGCCCAUGCGGGGCCUUGGGGAGCUGGGCACCCGGCCCCAUCAGGGCCAUACAGCCUGGCCCUGGGGCAGAAGCCUAUCUGAGAGCAGCGAGGGAGACUUCACCCUGGCCCACACCAUGGAGGAGAUUCUCGAGGAGAGUGAGAUCUAGGCAAGAUGUCCUCGCUCUGGCUCUGCUCCUUGGGAACUCCUGAGACAAGUGUGGGAGGCAGAGGCCAAGCCAGACGAGUGUUGUGGGGUGAAGCCAUUACUCCCCCAUGCACCAGGCCCACUCUGUCAUGAAGUCUGUCUUGAGGUUCUUCAUGGUCCGUAUGAAAGAGGCUGUGUAAACACUCACCGCUUCUGCCUGCCAUUGUCAUCCUAAUAACCUCCACCAGUGUGUUUUUCAAGAAUGACCACCAGCCUCUAGGGCUGGCUCCAAAUUCAAGUGAAUGGAGCCCCAAGAUACAGAAAGAGGUCUGCUAUGAAAUAGAGGCCAGUAUCUCUUUCUUUACGCUAUACUGCAUAAGGUUUCCAUUUGAACUUCGGGGCCACCUGGAAAGGGUUUUAAAUGCAGAAUCCGACUCAUGGCAGAGAUUCUAAGAGCCUUCGUCUGGGAUGAUGGCUAGCAAUGGGAGUUGUGUAGCAGGCAUCCUAGGUAACUCUGAUGCAAGCUCAGGGUGCGCAGGAGCUAGGGGUCCCCCUGAGCUGGCCAAUUGUGGGAUGCGCUGGUGGUUUUCUGCUUCAGCAGCUCAGCUGUGACACGCCUGCCCACCUCGGACAGUGUAGUAGUGCACACUGCCCAUCAGAGCCCCACCCCUUUCCUUCUUCUCUCCUCUUCCUCUCUUGUCAAGCCUUUCCUCGCUCUUUCCAUCUCAAGUCUUCAUCCACGGUCAGCAGAAAUUCUCUUUGAUCUGUAACAAUCCCAGCCCUCCUCUGAGGUUUGGCCCCAGCUCCCAGGGCCCCUCCGAAAGUCGCCAUUGGUCCUUUCCUCUCCUUUCCGGCUCCACCUGCCUUUCUGAGCUUGGCUUCCUCAAGCCUUGCUUGCCUUAGCAUUCUCCUCCAUGUUUGGUUGGCCAUGGACACAUUGGUGGCUGUACCUCCUACACCAGGAGGCUGCUCCACUAACCUCUCUGACCCUAGUCCCCGCUGAUAAGAAUUCCACUCCCCUGUGGAAAUGGAUGCUGAACACUGGAGGGGCCCAGGUAAAGUGAUAGGACUGUGGCUAAUCUGGACAUGCUGAACUAUGCACUAAGAUGGCCAGGCCUGUGGGACCCAUUCUGCCAAUGGGGAACCUGAGCUUUGCUCCAGCCCCUAAGUGGAGGGUGUUGCUGCAGGCUGAGGAGGGCACAGGCGAUUAGGGUCAGGCUCAGUGGCUAAACUGUAAGGCAAGAGGCUGAAGGAAGAUCAAGGGAGGAACAUCCUAUGGAAACACGGUGUAAAUGCUCAGGAGUGUCGCUUUUAUAGUGUGUAAAACGUAUGUGUAUGCAGGUGGGGUAUGUUGCUAUGGGACUAAAUACUGCUUCAUAUUAGAGGGCAGUGAUAUGAUACUUCUCAAGUAGGGUUGCCAGAUUUUAGCAAAUAAAAAUACAGGAUGCUCAAUUCAAUUUGAAUUCCAGAUAAACAAAUAACCUUGUUAUAUAAGCCUAUUCCGUGGGACAAUAUUUCACCUAAAAUUCAGUUUUAAUUGUGCAUCCUGGAUUUUACCUGGUAACCUUAUUUUCAAGGAUACUUUGCAGUAGGACUGGAACUAGAGGCAAGUAAGGGUGCAAAAUUUAAGAGAGCACUAAUAAAACCCCUCAGUUGUCAAGAUCAGUAAUAUUUUAAUGCAAUAUUUAAAAAAAAUGAAAUCUGCAAACUACAGCCCACGGGCCAUUUAUCCAAAUAAUGUUCUAUUGGAACUGGGGCUGUGAUGAGGGUGAGGCAAGUGAGGCCAGCUCAUGCGAGUGCAUAGUCUGAUCCUGGCUUAAUUUAACAUUUUGAUAUUUGGCUCAUUAUGAACUUUUUAACAUUAGUUUUUAUUUUUACACUAUUGCAUUAAAAUAGUAUUUAUUUUGAUUAUAGAGGUUUUUGGUUUUUUUCCCCCACCCCUUAAAUUUUGCAUCUGAGGCAAGUGCCCGUCUUGUCCUCGCUCUAGGCCUGCAUCUGCUUUGCAGAAGGAGAGACUGAAGCAAAGGUAUUAGGCAAGUGCAAAAUGAAGUAAAGGCUUAUUUGUUGGUGUCCAGAUUAUCCAUAAUUCAAUCAUUAAAUCACAUGUCCUUCUAACGUUGCCUUUCUGCAAAUGCCCCUGCAUUUUCUCGUCAGCCUAUCAGCUCCUAGAAAGCUGAGGCUAUGUCAUAUUCCCAGCUUGCACCCAGCACAGCUGGUUCAGAGUAGGUGCUCAGUACACAGACAUUGGAUGAGACAACACAGAAAUGUCUCAGCAGCAUUAGAUGCUGUUGGAGGUCAGUUAUUCAGGACCCUGUCAUUAAUAGAAGAAGGAAGGUUUUUUUUCAUAGCAUUUGUAUAAUAAAUAUGUCCUUCUUCCCUCACUCUAUAAAAAGAGUGGCACACACACACUGCUGGCUCUUGUCCUGCCAAUGAUUAAAGUAACAAGUGUAUUUAAUUUGAUUUGUAUUUGUUGAUUUCACAUUUGUUUCUCACUAGAGCUAAAGGUCUCUCCUGCCCAGGAGAAUCUGGUGCCUUGUUCCUGGCACUAAGGAACCUCUUGGUGAAUCUGUGGGGGAUACCUCCUGGGGAUGCCAAGACAUACCUGAGGAACACCGCACAAGAGGCUGGGUUCCUGUGAGAGCAGGUGGCAAUAGGAGCUAGGGCAGUUUGGCUUAUUGUUCUUGAUGAGAUCUAUUUCUGUCCUUGAGUUUACAUGUACAUGAGGAAGCAGAAAUUCAGGGGUGAAGUGACUUCCCAAAGUCUCCGCAGUAGACAUCUAUUUUUAUAAUUCACCUCUCUUAUAGUAGUAGUACCCAAAUUUUCCUCUUGGAAACCAUAUAUCUCCUACUCUCAGUUUAUAAAGUUUGCAUCAUCCCAACUCUGUCCUCAGCCCCAAGGAUGGGCAUGAAAAUUUGCCUGGCCAGUCUGAGUAUGACAGCCUCCUGGCACCAAAUAUUGGAUCAGGGAUGAGCAUAUAACCAAUCAGAGCCAAUUGGAGACAGUCCUGAGACUUUGGCUAGGACUCUCAAGUUCACUUUCCACAAAGAACAGUACUUUCUGGUGGUGUUGAUUGUGCCAUCAAUUUGGCUAAAGCUUGUGGAUGGGAUUACCCCUAACACCAGCAAGAGGAGACCCCCGCCUGCUUCAGGGGGUUGCACACAGGUUGGUCAAGGGUCCAGAACAUCUAGAUAUUUUUCUGACCUCAUCUUGGAACUUAAGGCUGGAGAAGAAAUGGGCCUUCAAAACAAUGACUUUGAUAUUCUUGAGAACCUAAGGGUGGAGCGAUUUCUGAGGUACUGCAGGCCCUGGAGCUCUGAAAAGGCAGUGUGGGCCAGUGGGCAGGCCUGGCCUGGCUCUGCUCAUAAGCUGGCUGACCCUGGGCUGGCUGCUUGCGUCUCUGGGCCUCCUUUUCCUGUCUCUAAAAUGAGGGACCUCCAGCACAUCUGCCUUCACCUAUCACCAUAUCAGUAUUGAACUUGUCGUUGUCCCUGAAACCAGCAACUCUCCGUUUUCCAGCUCAGCAGAUGACAUCACCCAAGCCACAAACAUGGCUGCCAUCCUUGUUCCUCCUCCCCUGCCCGCAGCCGGUCAGGUAGAUUCUGCCUCCCAAAUAUCUCCAGAGCGGUCUCCUUCUCUCCAUUCCACGGCCAUUCACCUGGCCCAGGCCACCUGGGUGACUAUUGAAGUAUCACCUCCGGUCACCCUGCCCCCACUCAUGCCCCUCUGAUUUGGUUUCACUCAGCCACAGGGCUUUAUUACCAACACAGAUCCUUCUUACUCCGAGCCCCACAAUGGCAUCCACUACCCCCACGGUAACACGCAAGGCUUCCCAUGGGCUGCACGGAAGGCCUGGCAUGGUCUGACCCCUGCCGACCAUUCAGACUUAACUCGCAGUGGGCUCCCUCCGCUCCCUGGCUACACUGGCCUUCUCCCAGGAAAUGCUCAUUACUGCCUCAGGGUCUCUGCGGUGACACACUGCUUCCUCACCUUUUCUCCCACCAUAGUCCACUAGGUCUUAAUUUAAAUGUCUCUCUUCAUCAAGAAUACCUUCCUUGAUCUUCCGGACAAGGCAGCCCCUCCGUGACAUCUUCCCACAGUGCUUUGCAAAUCUCCAUGGUAACCUUCCCACUUGUGAUGGCUUCUCAAGGUCUGUAGUCCCUUCUGCACCCUGUGCCCUGCAAGAGCAGAGCCGUAUCCAUCUCCUACACCACCACAGGGCCAGCA